UCUAACUUCUAUAAAUUCUCCAUGCUGAUUGACUUUGAUAGUGUUGUCGCCCGUCGCCGGGAACCAUACGAUCAGGCAUGCGAGAUACUUCCGAACGGAACCACGAAUAAUGAGAAUUGCAGAGACAUAUUGUGUCCUGUUGGAAAAGUUCUCGACGCCGAUGGCCACUGUCAUUACGCAACCAAAGAGUGGAUCGCAGAUCACUUCAGAAUAUCAGUUAAUGUUACUAUUGAUGAAUCGAUGACAUUGCCCCAAACCGUUACUGAAGAAAACCUUGAUGUAUUCUUGAGUGUCAAGAAAUUUUACGUUAACCCUACCGUUUCGAAAAUUCCCAUGAAAUUAGUUCAAGCACGAGUAAAUUUCGAGAAAAAGAUUGAUAUUGGCAAACUGAACUAUUUCGUUUUAGAUUUUGAGGUUCCAGUCUUAAAGGUCGAUCCAGCAAAAUUAAUUCCUAAACUCCUUGAGUUUUUGCAAAUAAAAUGGACCGCCUCAAACGAUGGUAGGUCAUUCACAUUCCGACAAAAGUUAAUGGAUUUUGAUUUAUCUCUUUCAGAAUAUAUAAAAAGAUUGAUGUCAGAGGAAGGUAGAGCCAUCCCUAAAUUCUCACCCAAUCUAACACAUAUUUUUCAAACAGAACAUCACCAUUCUUUCAACCCGAUGACAAUAAGUAAGCUUUUCUUUUGUCACUCGAUUGAACAGAAUGAAGACGAAGUGGAAUUUCUGUACGACGAAAGCGUGGUCUAUAUUAAGGAAUGGAGCGCAUAUUUUGGUGACCUACAAUUUGUACGGUCCAAGAAAGAAGAAGGAACUAAUGUUGUAAAACUGUGUAUGGAUGAUUUGCCAUUUCGUCAGGUGUCAUCCAGUAAUCCAGUGGUUUUGGGGUCAUUUAGGUAUAUCGCACACUUGUUGACGAUAGUUAUGUUACCAGUUUUGUGAAGGUUGUGUGAAGAUACACCCGAAAACUGGGACGCAGUAUGAAUAAUUCUAUGGGUAUCGUAUUCAAGUACGCAUGAUUGAUUUUACAUUUAUAAAGAACAUUUUAGAAGGAACAUGAUGCAAACAACAGAGAAUAUUUAUUAUGGAAUAUUGUACAACUACACAUCUUCAACUAUUUUUAAUAAUACAUGUUUUCCCAAUUCAUAUUAUAUAUACUCUUUUACCGAUUGCUCAAGCAAUG